AAUGGACAAUAACAGUAGAAAUACACCUUCUUACACUUUUUAAAUGAUUCAACUCAGGUAUUAUGGAACAAGGGGACACUUAGACCGAGGAAUUUUACACGGGGUGCCGGGAAAGAGGAAAAGAUGCGGACGAAUCUGCCGGAGCUGAUCUUCCGGCUGUAAAAACAAGGCGGCAGUCAGCUGACGGUUCCUGCACCGCGGCUGGUUGACAGCGCCGGGUGUGCGGACAGCAGGAGACUCGGAACAAGGGGAGUGCUAUAGAAAUCCUGCCAAAGAAGAUGAAGAAAAACAGAGAAAGAUUCUGCAACAGAGAGAGGGAAUUUGUGUAUGAAUUCAAAGUGGGAAGUCAGUGCUUAGAACUGACGGUGCCUCUCAAAUUUCCUGUUCAAGAGAAUGCCAGUCAUUUACAUGGCCGUCUGAUGCUGCUGCACAAUUUACCAUGCUUUAUAGAAAAAGACCUAAAAGAAGCUCUGAGCCAGUUUAUCGAAGAAGAAUCCCUCAAAGAUUAUGACAGAGACGCUGAAGCAGCCCUGGAAGCUGUGAAGUCAGGUGAAGUAGACUUACAUCAGCUGGCAAGUACCUGGGCCAAAGCUUAUGCGGAGACCACAUUAGAGCAUGCAAGGCCCGAGGAGCCCAGCUGGGAUGAAGAUUUCGCAGACGUGUACCAUGACCUAAUCCAUUCUCCUGCCUCUGAAACUCUCCUAAAUUUGGAACACAAUUACUUUGUUAGUAUCUCAGAACUGAUUGGCGAAAGAGAUGUGGAGCUGAAAAAAUUAAGAGAGAGACAAGGCAUUGAAAUGGAAAAAGUGAUGCAGGAACUGGGAAAAUCACUGACAGAUCAAGAUGUAAAUUCACUGGCUGCUCAGCAUUUCGAAUCCCAGCAGGACUUGGAAAAUAAAUGGUCCAAUGAAUUAAAACAGUCGACUGCCAUUCAAAAGCAAGAGUAUCAGGAAUGGGUGAUGAAACUUCAUCAAGACCUAAAAAACCCCAAAAACAGCUCUCUCAGUGAGGAAAUUAAAGUUCAACCAAGUCAGCUCAGAGAAUCCGCUGAAGCAAAUGGAAGGAUUUAUGAGGAACAGAGAAAGUUAGAAGAAAGUUUUACCAUUCACUUAGGAGCCCAGCUGAAGACCAUGCAUAACCUGAGGUUGCUGAGAGCCGAUAUGCUGGAUUUCUGUAAGCACAAGAGGAGCCACCGAAGCGGCGUGAAGCUGCACCGACUCCAGACGGCGCUGUCGCUUUACUCCACGUCCCUCUGUGGCCUGGUGUUGCUAGUGGAUAACCGCAUCAAUUCAUAUAGUGGUAUUAAAAGAGAUUUCGCCACAGUUUGCCAAGAAUGCACUGACUUCCAUUUUCCCCGAAUUGAGGAGCAGCUGGAGGUUGUCCAGCAGGUGGUACUUUACGCCAGAACCCAGCGCAGGAGCAAGCUGAAAGAAUCUCACGAUUCUGGAAACCGAAAUGGAGGAAGUGAUGAUAAGACUAAGAAUGCAGAUAGAAACUAUUUAAACAUUCUACCUGGAGAAUUUUACAUUACGCGGCAUUCUAAUCUCUCAGAAAUCCAUGUUGCUUUCCAUCUCUGUGUGGACGACAACGUGAAGUCGGGAAACAUCACUGCACGGGACCCUGCCAUCAUGGGUCUCCGAAACAUACUCAAGGUUUGCUGCACCCAUGACAUCACAACAAUAAGUAUUCCUCUCCUGCUGGUGCAUGAUAUGUCAGAGGAAAUGACUAUACCGUGGUGCUUAAGGAGAGCAGAACUUGUGUUUAAGUGUGUCAAAGGUUUCAUGAUGGAAAUGGCUUCGUGGGACGGAGGAAUUUCUAGGACAGUGCAGUUUCUGGUGCCACAGAGCAUUUCUGAAGAAAUGUUUUACCAACUUAGUAACAUGCUUCCCCAGAUCUUCCGAGUAUCAUCAACACUCACCCUGACAUCCAAGCACUAAACCCCCUAGAUUGAUAUCUGGCAGAAGAGGAUGCGUAAACUAUCCAGGAACUUGAGAUGUGCUGGGAUUCUGUCAAGCAAAAGAUGCCCAGAAAGAGGACUUGCCACCCAAGCCACGAAUCAAAUCAUGAUAAACAUCUGUUAAACGUUCCAAAAUUCACAUGCCGUACAGACUAGUGCUCAGCCCCUUACUUAUACA